GCACAUCAUUUGAUCUGUCUGACAAGGAACUCUUCUGCAUUGAGGAACAGGAUGUGUUUAAUAGCAUAUACUCUCUUGUGCGUGACUUCACUUGCUUGCCCCCAGGGCUUAAGUUCAAUCUUGUUGAGGCUUUGCGCUCCAACCUCAGUGUUCUUCUGCCCAACAUUGACUCCCUUUCACGAGCUUCCAUGUCAUCCCCCUCUGAUGGGAUCCCUAUCACUGACCGCAUCGCGUCUCACCGCAAUGCCCUCAAGAUCUACUCCUUUUUCCUCCUCUCCAUUGUCCUCGCUCAGGAAUCUUCAGCUGAUAGUGGCACUGGGGCAAAGGUGACAGCACAUGGUCGGAAGAAGAAUCCUGUUUAUGCUUGGAAUUGGGAAGCGCAAAGAGGGCGGAUCAUGAAUCUGGUUGCCAAUUCUCUUGAAGUUGACCUUACACUACUUUUUGGUCCAGGCGGCGCUGAUGAGCGAUACCUAUCUUUUGCUUCAAAGUGUACUUAUGUUCUAUUUGAGAAUCAAAAUGUGUUAAAAGAUGAGGAAACAAGAAAUGGUCUAUGCCGGAUAAUUGGUGCAAUAGCUACAAGGCAUCAAAAGAUUUCUCAAACCAGUGCAUCCGUCUUGCAUUUGAUCCAUAAAUAUGAUUUCACUGUCGCUCAUCUUGCUGAAGCAGUUGCUGCUGCUGAGAAAAAGUUUGGUGAUGGAAGCUUGGCAAUUUCCCUGAUCAGGGAAAUAGGUCGCACUGACCCGAAAGACUACGUGAGAGAUGGUGCUGGUGCUGACAAUGUUGGGAGAUUCUUAGUAGAACUUGCAGAUCGUUUGCCAAAACUUAUGUCUACCAAUCUUGGUGUUCUAAUACCACAUUUUGGUGGGGAAUCAUACAAGAUUAGGAAUUCUCUUGUUGGGGUCUUGGGCAAGUUGGCUGCAAAGGCUUUCAAAGACGUUGAUGGAAAUAACAGUGCUCAUUCCAUAAGGCUCCGAAGUAAGCAGGCUAUGCUAGAAAUUUUGAUCGAGCGUUGUAGGGAUGUGUCAGCAUACACGAGGAGUCGUGUCCUUCAGGUCUGGGCAGAGUUGUGUGAAGAAAAUGCUAUUUCAAUUGGCCUGUGGAAUGAAGUGGCAUCAGUUGCUUCAGGGAGGUUGGAGGAUAAAAGUGCAAUCGUCAGGAAAUCAGCACUACAACUUCUCAUCACAAUGCUGCAACACAACCCUUUUGGGCCUCAACUAAGGGCCACGACCUUUGAGGCAACUUUAGAGAAGUACAAGGAGAAAUUGGAAGAAAAGGAAUCUCAAUCUCCUGCGGAAGGUGAACUUGUGAAUGACCAUCCAUUGGGUGAAGUGACCGUGGGGCAAGACGAGAGUGUCAGUGAUAGUUGCCUACCUUCUAGUCAAGACCAGGCAGAUCAAGAUCCUAUGUUUGUAGAUAUAACAAACUUAGAACAGAUCAGAGCUUUGGUUGCAUCCCUUGAGGCUGGUCUGCGAUUCACGACAUGUAUAACGUCGUUAAUGCCAAUUCUUAUCCAGUUAUUGGCUUCAUCUUCAGCCACAGAUGUCGAGAACACUAUUCUUCUGCUAAUGAGAUGCAGACAGUUUCAGGUUGAAGGUUCAGAAGCAGCACUCCGGAAAAUGUUACCUCUGGUAUUUUCUCAGGACAAGUCAAUAUAUGAAGCAGUGGAGAGCGCAUUCAUUGCCAUAUACACAAAAAGGAUCCCAACAGAAACAGCCAAAAGUUUGAUAAACCUCAACAUCGAUUGUAGCAUUGGUGACCUUGCUGCCCUGGAGAGCUUAGUUAGUUCAUUGGUACUGAAAGGAGAGAUUUCAUCCAACACGAUGUCAGCUUUGUGGGAUUAUUUUUGCUUCAACAUCAACGGUGUAAGGCCAGUGCAAUGCCGUGGAGCUUUAUCAAUUCUUUGCAUGGCAGCAAAGUCAUCUCCUAGCAUUCUGGGUACUCACUUGCAAGAUAUUGUUGACAUUGGGUUUGGGCGCUUGGCUAAGGAAGAGCCUCUGCUUGCUAGAACUGCAUGCCUUGCCCUGCAAAGAUUAUCAGAAGAAGACAAGAUCAAAUUGCUAAGUACUAGUACCAGAGUAUUUGCUGCACUGCAAAGCUUGGUAACUAGCUUCUCGCUUCCGGAGAAAAUAUGGUAUGGCGCAACAGAUAAAGCUAUAAGUGCCAUAUAUACCUUACACCCUGCACCUGAAAUCUUUGCUGCUGAGAUUGCAAAGAAAUCCCUCAGUUCUGUAUUCAGUGCCUUCGGAAUGGAUGGCAUGUCUAAUGGAGUGGAACUUGAAACUCAGAAUAGUUCCACAAUUACGGAGUUAUCAGCCAUGAAGUUGGGUAGAUUUCUUUUUGUCAUUAGUCAUAUAGCACUCAACCAUUUGGUUUACAUUGAGACUUCCGUUAAGAAAAUCCACAAACAGAAACAGAAGAAUGAAAAAUCACAGUCCACCAAUGAGGAUAGUCAGGUAGAUGGUUCCAAGAAUUCGGAGGCACAAGACAUAAAUGCUGAACUGGGACUUGGUGCAACGAGAGAUAUUGCAAUCGAGUUCUUUGCUGAAAAAGCUGAAAGGGAGAUUGUUUCCUAUUCUUGUGAAAAGAACCUUCUUGGACAUUGCGGACCAUUUCUAUCAAAACUCUGCAGGAAUCUGACUUUGCUGCAAAAGUUCCCGGAGUUACAUGCUUCUGCAAUGCUUGCUCUUUGCAGACUAAUGAUUAUUGAUGCAGAAUUCUGCGAGGCAAAUCUCCAGAUCCUAUUUACUGUUGUGGAAAACGCAUCCUCUGAAAUCGUCCGAUCUAACUGCACUAUAGCCCUUGGUGAUUUAGCAGUUCGCUUUCCAAACCUCUUAGAACCUUGGACAGAACACAUAUAUGCCCGAUUGAGCGAUUCAUCGGCAUCUGUGAGGAAGAAUGCUGUGCUGGUCAUUUCUCAUCUCAUAUUGAAUGACAUGAUGAAGGUUAAAGGUUAUAUCAACGAAAUGGCGGUGAGGGUAGAAGAUGAAGAUGAGAGGAUCUCAAGCCUUGCAAAACUCUUCUUCCAUGAGUUGUCAAAGAAAGGAAGCAAUCCAAUUUAUAAUCUUCUUCCAGAUAUUCUGAGUAGACUGUGCAAUCAACACCUCAAGGAAGAAACGUUUCGCAACAUCAUGCAAUUCUUAAUUGGUUCUAUUAAAAAGGACAAACAAAUGGAAGCUCUUGUCGAUAAGCUUUGCAAUAGGUUUGCUGGUGUAAAUGAUGUUAGGCAGUGGGAGUAUAUCUCUUACUGCCUCUCUCAGCUAACCUUCACUGAGAAAGGUUUGAAGAAACUCAUCGAUAAUUUCAAGAUUUUUGAGCAUGCAUUAUGUGAAGAUUCUGUGCUGAACCACUUCAGAAGCGUGAUAGCAAAGUGUAAGAAGUUUGCGAAGCCAGAUCUCAAAGCUUGCAUUGAGGAAUUUGAGGAGAAAGUUAGCAAAGUUCAUGAGGAAAAGAAAGAACAAGAAGCCACGGCAAGAAAUGCGGAGGCACAUAAGCAGAAAAUUGAUUCUCUUGAUAAAAUCCUACUCGCUAAGGAAGCUGGACAGAAUGACAGAAACUCUGCUGAGGAGGAAACCAGUGAGGUUAUCGAUCCUUCAGUGGAUGGCAAUGUUGAAGACAAGGAGACAGAGGAAACUAGUGAGGUUACCGAUCCGUCAGUGGAUAGCAAUGUUGAAAAUAAGGGGGCAGAGGAAGGUACUGGGGACAUUGACCCUUCAGUGGAUAGCAAUGCUGAAAAUAAGGAGACAGAGGAAGCUACUGAGGUUACUGAUCCUUCAUUGGGAAGCAAUGCUGAAAAUGAGACAGAGGAAGGCACUGAGGUUACUGGUCCUUCAGUGGAUAGCAGUGCUGAAAAUGAGGAGACAGAUGAAGCUACUGAGGAUAUUGAUCCUUCAGCGGAUAGGGCUGCUGAAAAUAAGGAGAACAGGACAAAAGGCAGCGGCAACAUUUGUUCCGGAAAAAGUCAGACAUCAUCCACUGUUACGGAAUCAGAAGAUGAUAGCACAGAGGUUCAAUCAUCCAAAACUGUCCGCAGUCGCAAAGGUUCGACGCGAUCGACUGUAAAGAAGAUCAGAGAACCUAUCUUGGAAGACUCUGCAGACGUUGCUCCUCCAGUCAGGCGUUCCACCCGCUCAAGUAGAAGACAAUGAAGCUGAAGGAAUAUGGAGCAAGUGGCGACUCCCUGUCGCUGUAUGACGAUCUCGGCUUGAGAUCAUGGGGUUCUGAAACCAUCAAUGCUCCGCCGUCCUGACGCCUGUGUGUACCGUAGUGUUUAUUGGCCUGCUCUGUGCUGGUAUAUCUGUGCCGGCUCCAGACUGCUGUGUUAACUACCGCUUGUAUUCCUUCCAACAAGGACCAUUUGUAUCUCUGUAGUAACACUUUGGCUCUAGUCACCUGUAACCCCUUAAGUUGAUAUUUAUUUCGUUCGAUCCCGCUGAUUGUACAAUUC